CCGCCUAAAAUUUGGCUUUAGGGUCCCAAUAUAGUUGAGUCGCCGGGCAGCCAUUACUGCGAAGCAAGAAUGUCAUCCUAUUAAUACUACUAUCACCAAAUAAACGUUCACAAUCUAGAGAGAAUAUCAUAAAAUGAAGCUGGCUGUAGUUUCCAUUCUUCCCUUUUCUCUCUUCUUUCUCUCUCAGUUGUCAGUACUAUCUCUCUCCGAAAGGUGCAAUCCAAAGGACAAGAAAGCCCUCCUAGAAAUCAAGAAAGGUCUGGGCAAUCCGUAUGACUUGAUCACUUGGGAUCCCAAAACUGAUUGUUGUACUGAUUGGGCUAAAGUCACACUCUCAUGUGAUGACAAGACCAACCGUGUUACGACCCUAAGUUUCUUCAAUAUUGAUAGCGUCGGGCACCUCUCCCCGGCCAUUGGAGACCUUCCCUACCUCCAAAGUUUGGACAUCGACAAUGUCCGAAAUCUCUCAGGUCCAAUUCCACCCACAAUUGCUAAGCUCUCAAAACUCACAUUCUUGAGAAUUAGUCAGACAAACAUUUCAGGACCUGUCCCUGAGUUUCUUAGUAAGUUGAAAAACAUAACGUACAUCAACUUAUCGUACGGUAGCCUCGUUGGUACAAUCCCUCCCUCACUUUCUCAACUGACAAACUUGGAGUUCCUACGCUUAGAUAGGAACAAACUUACUGGAACAAUUCCACAAUCUCUUAGCAAAUUAGCUCCAAAACUCACGUAUCUUUACCUCGGACACAACCAACUAACAGGGAUUGUGCCAACUUCUUUUACUGGUUGGAGCUUUGACACAAUUGACUUAUCAAGGAACAUGCUUGAAGGGGAUAUCUCAUUCUUGUUUGGCAAAGAUAAGACAACAUAUGAAAUGUUGUUGGAUCACAAUAAGUUUGCGUUCGACUUCUCAAAGCUAACAUUUGGGAAGGGAUUAUGGAGGUUGGAUUUGAACCAUAACAAGAUUUACGGUAGCCUUCCUCCAUCCUUGACGAAGCAACCAUGGCAGCUCUUCAAUGUGAGUUAUAACAGACUUUGUGGAAAGAUUCCACAGGGUGGAUCUAUGCAGAGAUGUGAUCAACAUUGCUAUUUUCACAACAAAUGCUUGUGUGAUGCUCCAUUGCCACCAUGUAAAUGAUUGCCAGUAGUAUUGGCUUUGCCACUAUGUGUCCUCUAUCUAUGUAUUUCAACCUCUCUUUGAAUGUUGAUAAGCCAGUAAACUCAUGGCUGGCUGCCAAUAGGCAUAAAAAUGUGCUUUAUGUAUUUCUUUUUAAGUGCUUGUUGAAAC